AUGCUGCCCUCGAGUCAUGUACGGUUCAUUGACUAUGAAUAUGCCGGCUAUAACUACCAAGCUUUUGACAUUGGCAACCAUUUCAAUGAGUUUGCAGGUGUGAAUGAGGUCGAUUACUGCCGGUACCCAGCGCGGGAGACCCAGCUGCAGUGGCUGCGCUACUACCUGCAGGCACAGAAGGGGAUGGCUGUGACCCCCAGGGAGGUGGAGAGGCUCUAUGUGCAAGUCAACAAGUUUGCCCUGGCGUCUCACUUCUUCUGGGCACUCUGGGCCCUCAUCCAGAGCCAGUUCUCCACCAUCGACUUUAAUUUCCUCAGGUAUGCAGUGAUCCGAUUCAACCAGUAUUUCAAGGUGAAGCCUCAAGUGUCGGCCUUGGAGAUGCCAAAGUGACCAGCGUUCCCAUCCCUCCCCUCCCAUCUGCCUGGCCAGACGUGGGCUCCAGGGCUCCAUUCUGCUCUGGGGUCUUCACCUUUGGACAAGGUGGGCGAGGGGACAGAUCCACCUCUGGAGCUGAGGGCAGAAAUAACCACUGUGAAGGCAGCUUCGUUUCCAGCCUCCUGGGGCCUUGAUGUCACAGCACUGAGAUGGUGGUACAGCGGUGAGCAGGGAAUGGCGCGGACAGAGCCCCCCGGGUAUCAUCUUGUGCCCCUACAGCCCGGCCACCACCAGCACCAAAGAAAUUAACCUGCAGGCACCAUCCCACUACCGCCUUUG